CUCUCGUUUGCUAGCACUGAGCCGCGAGCGACGGCAGUCGGUCGAGAGCGCGCAGCCAUAGCGUGCGUUGCGCAUCGAACACUUGAAUAAAGAACACAAAAUAGCGCCAAUUUAAAGUUUAAAAAAGUUUUUAUUGUGCAUUAUCUGUGCAGUGAACACUCGUGACAUUUUGCCAAAACCAAAAGGACUUUUAUUUUUUUAUUUUGUAUUGAUGUCUUACUACGACUUGGUUUAGCUCCGUCGACAUAACAGGGCCGGCACGAUGUUGCAGCAAAUUCUGCGCGACAUGUGGGUGGACCCCGAGAUCCUGGCCGAGCUGGACGAGACGCAGAAACAGACGCUCUUCUGCAAAAUGAGAGAAGAACAGGUGCGUCGAUGGCAGGUUUGGGAUGAGAAGGUGGGCAAAGAGGACGAGAGGCCGAAGUUCCAGAAGAACAGCAAGAAGCAGGUGCAGUUCCUCACUGGGGAGGAUGGGGAGCCAUGGGUGUGGGUGAUGGGCGAGCACGCGGACGACAAGUCGAUAGAGACGAUCUUAGCUGAGGAGGCGCGGGAGAAGGCCAUUGCGCAGGCGCGCCAGGAGGUGCAGCAGCUCAGGAAGUCUGUCGAGAAGGAACUCACGCAGCUCAUCGAGUACAAGCCACUUGAUGAUUUGGAACAGAAAUUCGACUUAUCUCCGAAAACGAUAGACCCAUUAGAAGACACUCUUGAGAUCUACUGCACGGUGGACGAGCUGCGGCAGAGGAUCGAGGCUCUGGAGCCGGACGUGAAGCUGGAGGAGCACGAGCUGGCGGACAAGGCCGACUUCAAUGACAGCCUGAAGCUGGACCUCGGCAAGAACACGCUGCACUUUAACUUUAUAGAGGGCAAGAGGGAUGUACUGCAGGACAUGGGUCCGGGCGGCGGCGGCGACGGCGUGAGCGUGCUGGUGGCGGCGUGGGAGCGGCGCGUGGCGGCCGCGCGCGCCGGCGACAUCCUGCGCGGCCUGCGCGCCAGGCGGGCGCGCGCGCUCAGGCAGGCGCAGCAUGCCGCGCACUCGCACGACAUCGCCUGGCGGGACCAGGAACGUAAAGCAAAAGAAGCUGAAGCUAGCAUGCGUGAGAUCGCCCGCGCGGCGAGAGAGGCACACCGGCGCAGCGCGCACCUCGCCGCACCUGUUGACCCUACUCAAGAGAGCAAGCCACCGAACAAAGAGGCAGUGGUGGAGUGGUUCCGGACGCACGAGCUAAAGCGCGGCGUCGGUCUUGACGAGAACAACAAACCUGUCGACUGGUUCCACGGUGUGAUCAGCCGCACGGAGGCGGAGGCGGCGCUGGCGGGGCGCGCGGCGGGCAGCUUCCUGGUGCGCGUGUCGGAGCGCGUGUGGGGCUACGCCGUGUCGUGGCGCGGCGCCGCGCGCUGCAAGCACUACCUGCUCGAGGCCGCGCCCGCCUACCGCCUGCUGCCCACCGGACAGGUCGCGCACGACACGCUCGCUGAUCUCAUAAACUACCACAAGACAGUCCCCAUCACGGAGAGCGGCGGCGAGUUGCUGUUGACGGCGUGUCCGCCGGCGCAGACGCCCGACAUACUGCUCGCGCCGCCAUCUUGAACACACGCGCCGCCAUCGCGUGACGUCAUCGCACAGUAUACCUAACCUACAAGUCUCAACCAGCAAUAUCUACUGUCAAGGUCUUACCGUUGGCGUAAAUGAAUUCUGCUUUAGAAUAAGUUAUCAAACUCUUCUAAGGCUAAAACAGACAGGGAUUAAUGAAAAUUUGAAAUAAAUUGACAUACAUAGAUCUUUUAUCUUGCUGUUGUCGCAUUAUAUGACAGGGAUAAAAAAUGUUUGGCUAAAGCAAGUUUGUAGUGUCUAAGCCGGCGGUAUCUGAAAACAAUUAGGUAAAUUAUUAAAUUGUGCUUUUGUAAAUACAUAUUAUUAUCAAGUAACUUGAAUGUACUCGAAUAAUCAUCAUGUUACUAUUGCAGAACUAGAAAUAAUGCUACAAAACAUUUUUUAAAUUAUUAGCAUCAUAGUUUUGUAGACCCAGUUAUCACAUAAUGUAAAGUAUUUCCAAUAAUGUGAAAACUUACGUCAUAAAGACGUAGUAUGGAAGGAUGUAAUGUGGAAGGGAGAUAACGCUCUGUUAUGUAUAGCGCCAUCCCGCUUUCACAACUGCAGGACCUUCCCCUACGUACGUUUCACUGCCUUAUCCUGCACUGUAACAAUUAUUAGUACCUUUUCCUGGCACUAUGUAAUGUGGCAUCAUAAAUAAUGCCUUAAUGCCCACGUUAUUAAUAAAUUAACGUAACAUUGGUGCUAAACGACCAUACUAAAUAAGUUGAUCUCGGUAGUUCGAACUCCUUCGUUAUAAAACAUGCAUUUCGUUAGCAGUAACUAAUUAAUGAACAAAAUUGUAAGUUAAUUGUCGUGUAGGCUAAUGUGAUAUUUACCAGUCCUUCAAAUAUUUAGCGCUUCAGUAUUACUGCUUGUAACGGAAAUAUAUUAUAGCUUACGUCACUUUGUAAAUAGAGGAGGUACUCUCAGGAACUCGAAAUAAAAGACAUUUAAUUUAAUUUAAAGAGUAGUAUUUAGUGUUGUGGCUACGCACGUGGCCAAGCGUAAGCUAAAUAUAUUUUCGUAUGAUGUCCGAAUUCUGAUAAAUUAAGCCAAAGUUAAAUUCGAGGCAGAAAUCGGAGUCUUCAUGUAAGCUGUUAGUUAUUAUUAUUAUUUAGCAAUUUUGUAUGCCAUUUGUAUUGUUCGUAGGUGACGUACAUCUAUGAUAUUAUUGUACUUUAGUCAUUAACUGCCAACUAGAAUAAUUAUAAUUAUAAAAAAUA